GUGUAUCUCUCUGUGACAGAACUUUCAACUCACCCUCGAUAUCUUCAUAUGCAGGUAAAACAUCCGAGCUCACAGGAUGAGGGUUGUAUAUUUUCUGCGAUUUACGACAAUCCAGCUCCUGUCCAACGUCGUGAACUUUGGGCUAGGCUGCACUCUCUGGCUCAAGAUCUGAAAGAUCCUUGGCUUCUGGUGGGCGAUUUCAACUCUAUUUUAAGUCCUACAGAGAAGCUUGGAGGUGCCCCUUUCAACUCGUCAAGAACAAGGGACUUCCAGGAGUGCGUGAAUGACAUUGGCCUACAUGAUCUGGGGUUUACAGGGCCAGCCUAUACCUGGUUUCGUUUGGGACUUAGGGAACGACUUGAUAGAGACUUGGCUAAUAACACGUGGGUCGCGACUUUACCGGAGGCUGCUGUCCAUCACCUACCUCGCAUGAGAAAGUCAGACCACCGUUCGAUCCUAGUUUGUCUAACACAUCCGCACCAUCCAGCAGGUCGCAAGCCCUUCUGUUUCCUUGCGGCAUGGCUCACCCAUGCUAGUUUCCAAAGCAUGGCAGCCAAUGCAUUGGCCGAAGGCUCAUCCUUUACAGGGUCGGCCGAUGCUUUUGUGAAAGAUGUCACCAUCUGGAAUAGUGAGGUCUUUGGCCACAUCACAAAGAGAAAGGACCAACUUCUACGUUGGCUAGAGCGUUUGGAGAAGGUAGCUCAAGGUCAUGGAGAUGAUACUCAGCUUAACCAGGUGAGGGAGAAAUUGGAACUCGUACUCUUCCAAGAGGAGCUUACCUGGUGCUAGAAGUCUCGCCUCGAGUGGAUAGCAUCAGGUGAUAGAAAUACCCAUUAUUUUCACGUUCGCACCAUCCGGAGAAAGAAGCAGAAUCGGAUAACUACACUAAAAAAUAAUGAGGGGGGCUGGAUCUCAGAACCAGAAGCUCUCCUAGAUAUGGCCCAAGUCUUUUUUGGUGGUCUGUAUAGGGACGAUGGAGGGGACCGCAUUUCGUUGCCAGCAAGUUUCCCUUUGACCGACAUGGCUUGUUGGACUACAGUUGAGGUCGUGCCCACCACUGAAGAGUUGGAGAAAGUAAUUCAUAGCAUGGGGGCUCUAAAAGCUCCAGGGAAAUAUGGCCUCAACCCAAUUUUUUUCCAAAAAUGUUGGCCUACAGUUGACGCCUCGGCAACUCAACUGGCUCAAGAGUGUUGGAGCCACCCAGAGAGGAUUAAGGAAAUCAACUCGACCAUCCUAGUCCUCAUCCCGAAGGUUCAGCAACCGACUUCCAUAGAGCAGUUUCGACCGAUCAGCUUGUUCAACGUUGUGUACAAAACAGUGACAAAGUGUCUUGCUGAGAGAUUAAAAACUCUCAUCCCAUCUCUUGUGCAUGAGACCCAAACUAGUUUUGUGCCAAGUCGCCAUAUCACAGAAAACAUAUGCAUCCUGCAGGAGGUAGUUCACACUAUGAGGGCGCGAAAGGGGAAUCGAGGUUGGAUGGUCCUAAAAAUUGACCUAGCCAAAGCUUAUGACCGAAUCUGUUGGGAAUUUGUGCGUGACACUCUGGAGGUUGCAUGCUCGCCAACCAACUUUAUCAACCUUACCAUGGCAUGUAUCUCAACAGCGUCAAUGCAUAUCCAAUGGAACGGGGGACUUACUAAGAGCUUUCAACCGACAAGAGGACUUCGCCAGGGAUGUCUUCUCUCACCUUAUCUGUUUACUUUGUGUAUGGAACGACUUGGACAUUUAAUAGAUGAUUCUGUUCAAAAUGGUCGGUGGCAGCCUAUUAGGCUGACCCGAGAUGAACCACCAUUAUCUCACCUUUUCUUUGCAGAUGAUCUUAUCCUCUUUGGUGAAGCCACAAGUGUACAGGUUCAGGAGAUCAUGACAGGCUAGUAAACCCAAGUCACGGGUAUACUACUCCGCAAACACUACCACAUCCCAGAGGGAGAGAUUGAGUGAAGAGCUUGGGAUCCCGGAGAUUGCUAACUUGUGGCGCUAUUUAGGAGUGCCAGUCAUCCAUGAUCGAGUGUCCAAAGCCACCUUUACUGACCUGAUUGAUCGUAUUGAUGCAUGUCUUGCAGGGUGGAAAGUUGAUGCGUUAUCGUUGGCUACACGAAUUACAUUAACACAGUCAGUCCUUUCUUCUCUCCCAACUUAUACCAUGCAUACAAGUUUCCUACCGACCAGUGUUCGAGAGUAUAUCGAUAAGAAGAUCCGGGCUUUCGUUUGGGAUAGCACGGAGCAGAGAAGGAAAAUUCAUUUAGUCGAUAGGAAACAAUCUGUCGACCAAAGAACGAAUGAAACUUACAUGCUCAAGAUAGCAUAGCGACUUCUUACCAAACCGAACGAGAGAAAGAGAGGAGAGAGCAGAAUGAGAGGAAAUUGAAGAUCGAAUGCGGCCAGGGUUCCAAUUGUGUUCCCUUCUCAGUAAUUCUAUACACCUUUCGUAAUGACCGAACUAUCCCUCAAUUUGCCACAAAAUUACUCUUCCUUGCCAGUUUCCUCUCUCGAAAACGAGUCACAAAAAAUGAAACAGCUUACAAUGAGUUUCAAAACCGAAACCUUCAAUUCAUAAUCAACUCCUUAACCACUUAGACAACCUCGACUGCUUGUUGCAACUCUCAUCAAAACUAUAAAGAAAUCUGAUCAGU